AUGAAGUCUCAGAUUGGUUUAGCUACAGUUGCAUUGGGCAGUGUCCUAUUCUCAUACAAGUUGUUUCUUCAAACCCACGACAACUCGGACCCAAAGUUUCAGAAACAUAAAUGGUAUAACGAUUUCGAUAAAGAAUACGAUGAUUACAAAAUGGAAAUCGACAACCAAAUCGACUUUUAA